AUGCCCCUCUUCUCCAGCAAAAGGCGCAAUGGCGCCGACGGGGACAAUGAACGGCACCAGCAGCACCAGCGCUCGGGUGACGAUGCCGCCUCCGACCAGCCGCCCCCCGACGAGCACACGCGCCUGCUCCCCAAUCGCGUCGACUCCAACCGCGGCAUGCUCAGGCCCGACGACCCGGCCGUCACGCCCUACAACCUCUGGAGCAUCCGCAUCCUGCGCUACCUCACUCUCCUCUUCACCGCCGUAACCCUCGCCUGGUGGGUCCUCCUGCUCGUCUCGGCCUUUGUCACCCCCCCGGGCCUGCACACCCCCGGCGGUAGCUUCUACGCCUUUGGCUACGCGAGCCUGGCCCUCGCAAACAUGUUCUUCAGCUUGGUAUUCUUCGGCGUGCCCUCCAAGUCGGUUAGGGUGCUGGCCGUUGUCAUAGCGUUCUUCCUGCUUCUCGACACCAUUAUCCUCCUCAGUGUCCAGCAGACGCGCUACGAGGAAGGCUGGGUCGGCAUCGUCAGCGUCAUCUGGGCCCUGCUCAUGAGCCUUUGGACCCUGCUCACCGACAGGACCGUCAAAUGGGGCAAGGAGGAGGAGGAGGAGCGACUGACGGGCCGCGCCGAGACCCGGCGGACCCUGACCGAGUGGCUGGCCGUGCUGCUGUCCACGAUUGCCUACGUCAUCAUGGCCGUCGCCGUCCUCCUCAUCACGCUGACCGUCAUCCUGCGCGCAUUGGACGCCGGCGUGGCGCCCCCCGGAAAGCUGUACCGAGUGGACAGCGGCAAGUAUCGCGUCCACGUGCACUGCCACGGCAACAAGACCGAGCUGCCGACGGUGCUCUUCGAGGGCGGCGAGCGGCCCGUCGAAGAGGGUCUGUGGGGCUUCGCCGACCACGCCGUCAAGAACGGGUCCAUCCGGCGCUACUGCUUCGUCGACCGGCCCGGCAUGGCCUGGUCCGACAACGCGCCGUCGCCGCUGUCGGCCGGGUUCGCCGUCGACGUCGUCAGCGAGGCCCUGGCCCAGGCCGACGAGCGCGGCCCCUGGAUCUUGGCCAGCGCGGGCAUCGGGUCCAUCUACUCGCGCGUCUUCUCGUCGCGCCACGGGCUUGAGGUCCAGGGCCUGCUGCUUAUCGACCCGCUGCACGAGGACCUGCUCGGCCGGGUCGCGGCGCCGGGCCGCGGGUUCCUGCUGUGGCUGCGGGGUGUCAUCUCGCCGCUGGGGCUGGACCGGCUGUCCGGGGCGCUCUUCCGGGGCCGGAGCAGCCGCGACCGCGUGUACGGGCGGGCGGCGCAGCAAAACAGCAAAUUCAUCUACGCCAAGUUGCAGGAGAGCCUGGUGGCCAACUCGUUUACGCGGCGUGACGUGCAGGGUAGCCGGAUGAUCCAAGACAAGCAGACGCCGCUCGUCGUCAUCAGCUCGGGCAUCGAGGUCCGAGACAACGACAGCUGGGAGGGCCGGCAGCGUGAUUUGACGACGCUGACGGACAAGCUCAAGCACUGGGACGUGGUCGACGAGGCGCCUCACCGGGUGUGGGAGACGCUCGAGGGCCGGGAGCAGAUUGAGAGACGGUUGCGGCAGUUGGUGCACGCAUAG